AUGUUCACGUCUCUGGUACAUGAUCGUCAAGAUCUACGACCAGUUUCCAAGCUCCAUUACCUGAAGGCCAACCUGUCAGGCCCACCAUCGCAACUUAUCAGGCAUGCCAUCAUGAAUGAUGAAGGGUAUAAGCCAGCUAGGAAGCAACUGAAAGAAAGGUAUGAUAACCCUGAACAGCUCUUAUUCUCUCGCAUAAAACAUCUGUUUAGCAUUCCAACACCAGCAUCUAAGUCAGCUGAACAGUUAGACAACUUAGUAGGCAUUGUAAAGCAGAACUUGGAUGCACUCAGGGCACUCAAUGUUCCAGUCGACUCAGCCGACUACUUUUUGAUCUAUUUGGUGGCUAGUAAACUCGAGCAACAUCUCCGAGAGUCCUGGGAGUCAGCUCAAGAUGCAGCUCGUCAGGCAGAACGAUGGCCUACUCCAGUGAUCACGAAGAAGUCCAGAUCACAACAACAGUCCACUCGCCAGCAGACAACUCAAUCGCAGACGACUCGAGCCUCCAGGCAUGGGGCUCAAAAAAGACAGGCUGAUUACCCAUGUGACCAGUGCAACAGUCGAGAUCAUUACCUAGUAGACUGCCAAUCAUUUGCAGCUCUCUCUCAACUGGAGCGAUACAACCUGGUCCUCUCAGCACGGUUGUGCUUCAAUUGUUUAGGCCACCACUCGAUCCAGCAUCCUUACGGAAGAGAGGCUAUGGCCCAGGCCAAGAACCAAACUCACACUAGUCAACUCUCAGACGACUCACAUGAUUCAACAAUCACCAAGAACAAUACAGACAACGCAGAGAUUCAUGGAAGAUUCUCUUCAGCACUUAGAGCAGCAGAAGAGAUAUCCAAUGCAGUAUUACUCUCAGACUACUCUCAGCUUCCAGUAAGACUCCUAAUAGACUCAGGGUCUGAGCUGACGUUCAUCUCAUCAAGUGUGGUAAAGACUUGUCAUCUCCAACGUCGUCCAUCAGUAAUAUCAGUGCUGGGAAUUGGUAACGAACCAGCUGUACUAACUAGAGGAGUGACAACAGUGACACUUAGAUCAACUCACACACAGGAGCAAGUUACAAUCAAUGCUCAUAUCCUCAAAUGUGUCACUGGUACUUUACCAACCAGACAACUCAAAGAACUCAACUGGUCAGCCCUCAACUCUCUGCAACUUGCUGAUCCAGACUACUCAACUCCAAGACCCAUUGACAUCUUAAUAGGAGCAGAUUGUUAUAGUCUGAUUGUGAAAGCGGGCAUCAAACAGUGUCCGCAGUCAUCUCUCAUAGCCCAAGAUUCAAUUUUUGGAUGGAUGCUCAUUGGAAGUCCACACCCGACAAGAUGCUCAAGUCAGAGAACUCAUCACGCAGCAAGGGUCAACUCAUACCAGCAAGUACCUGAUCUCUUGACAAAAUUCUGGGUUCAAGAAGAAGUUCCAGAGACCUUAGCCAGCCAACUCAGCCCAGAUGAUCAAUCUUGUGAAGAUCAUUAUGUUACGACUCAUUCAAGAGAUCAAGAUGGGAGAUAUAUUGUGAGAAUACCACUCAAAGCAUCACCAUCUCUUCUAGGCAACUCAUCAGCGAGAGCUCAUCAGUGUUUACUACACAUGAUCAGACGACUCACAAAAAAUGACUCAUAUGUACAACUCUAUCACAACUUUAUGCAAGAAUACGAGUCACUGAACCACAUGAAACGAGCCGAGGCAAGUCCAGUCAACUCUUUAGUGUAUUAUUUGCCUCAUCAUGGUGUCUUAAGAGAAGACAGUGUUACUACAAAACUCCGGGUAGUAUUUAAUGGCUCUAGUCCAUCUUCUAGUGGUCUGUCAGUGAACGAUAUUCAACAUACUGGUGCCAAAGUCCAGAAAGACAUUGCAGACGUACUCAUUUGGAUAAGGCAGCAUAAAUUUGUGUUUAUAUCAGACAUCACAAAGAUGUACAGACAAAUCAAAGUCCAUCAAGAUGAUUGGGAUCUUCAGAGAAUCCUGUGGGUGGACGAGCACUCCAAGAUAAUCCCAUAUCAACUCACAACAGUCACGUAUGGUACCAGAUUAGCUCUCUUUCUGGCUGUUCGCACAAUGAUCCAGCUAGUAAAGGAUGAGGGUCAAAAAUUCCCUCUAGCUGUUGAUCCACUAUUAAAAGGAAGAUAUGUGGACGAUAUUUUUGGAGGUGCUGACACAUCAAUCACAGACAACUCAUCAGAAGAGCAGAUCCACUCACUUGAGAGCUGUAAAACAAAAUUACUUGGGCUCUCGUGGAUUCCAGCGAACGACUCAUUUAAGUUCAACUCAAAACUUCCUCGUGAGAAGUCUAAGCUCACGAAGAGAAUAACUUUAUCAGAAACAGCACAACUCUACGAUCCACUUGGAUUUCUAGCACCUUUCAUUGUCAGAGCAAAGAUGUUGCUACAAGAAAUCUGGCUAGAUAAACUGUCAUGGGAUGACCAAGCCUCAGAUCACAUUAUCACCAAGUGGACCAGCUUCAGAUCAGAACUCUCACACGUUUCAGACCUCUCAAUUCCACGAUGGUUAAAGAUUACUCAGAAAUCUACCGUGGAACUUCAUGGCUUUUCAGACGCCUCACAACUAGCUAUGGCAGCAGUUGUUUAUAUACGGGCUACUUAUCCAGAUCAUGGAACUUGUUCAACUAUAGUCUGCUCAAAGUCUAAGGUUGCUCCAUUGAAGAAGAUGUCUAUUCCUAGACUAGAACUCACCGCAGCAUUGCUGCUUGCCAGACUAAUCACUUAUGUAAGGAACAACUUAGACAUUCAGCCAACUCAAAUAGUAUGUUGGACAUACUCCUCAGUAACUCUGACCUGGAUUCAGUCUCACUCAUCCCGUUGGAAGGAGUUUGUAAGAGAUAGAGUGUCAGCAAUUCAAGAUCUCACUCCAAUCAGCGUUUGGAGGUUUGUACCUGGCAAACAAAAUUCAGCGGAUUGUGCUGCUCGAGGUAUCAGCAUAUCCCAGCUUCGGAAGCACCCCCUGUGGUGGACAGGUCCACAGUGGUUAACAGCAGACGAAUCAUCAUGGCCAACUCAAUCAUCAGUGUACGAUUCAAAAGCUCAGCAAGAAGAGCGACCAGUGAUUACGCUAAAUACUCAGACAAUUCACCAUGAUUAUCAUUGGGAUAUGAUAUACAGACAUUCUCGUCUAAUCAAAUUGCUCAGAGUGACUGCAAUUUGCUUCAGGUUCAGCCAACUCCUUAGACGAGUACCUCAGUCAUCUCUUACCUUUCCUCUCACGCCACGAGAUUUAGAGACAGCAAGGAUUUUUUGA